UUUUAUUUUAAGAUAUGUAUUUCUCUGUUGUAUUGUAAUUUAAAAUUUUUUAAAUAUAAUUCCAAGUUUUUUGUUUAGUUUUUUAACUUGUUGCGUUUUCCCUCAAAACAACCUUUCCUUGGUGAUUUUUUUGACUGUAUAAUAUUUUUAUUUCAAUUAAGUUUUGAUUCUAGCUGAUCUCGAUGUUUUAAAAAAUAUCACGAUCUAACAUAUUAAAAUUUCAGUGAUGAAACCCUAAAAUUUGGAACAAUGGGAAUAUUCAGAUCUGAAACUAUGGUACACGGUACCCUAGUAAUUCCUCACGAAAGAGCUAGAAACUGCAUAGACCUCCUAAGCAGACAUACAAACAUACAGUAUAUCGACAUGAACGAGAGACGAAUGGAUAGACCAUAUAAGAAGUAUGUUCAGCGUAUCGACCACAUGGAACGAAUGAUAAGGGUUUUGUAUGAAGAAAUAGCCAAGCUCCCAAACUCAAAGAUAGUUCGGCAUAACAUAGAUAACUUUCUAGAACAUGAUAACAUGUACAGACUAGAUCAAGUUGAGGAAUCACUAGUUAAACUGUACGACCAGUUCCAAAUGUUCAAGGAAAAUGAUUCCCUACUAAGGCGUGAAAGAGAUGAAGCUCUUAGUGAAUACUAUGUGCUUCUUGUAGCCUCUAAGCAGCUUAAUCUUCUAACUCCAGAGAAAUCUUACUCAGACAUCCCAAAUACAAUCUCGUUGCCCGUUACGAACCUCGAUGAGUCGUCUGAUUCCAGAGAACACUUGUUAAACGACAACACUCAAUCGGAUACUGAAAUGAUUAAUCUUUCGCCUUACGACUCAACCGCAAGAGUUACCUCCUCAAUCUCUUUUACUAACAUUUCAGGGUUAAUAAGUUCUCAGGAAAAGGAAGCGUUUUCCAGAGCUAUAUUCAGAGCUAUGCGUGGCAACGUUUUUACACUUUUGCAUGACACUAACGAUUUGAGAAGUAUGGUUUUGAGUAAGGGUUUGGUAGAUCAAGAGGAGCUGGACACCGAUAACGACAAGACGGUUUUUGUAAUCUACUGCCAGUCCUCAAACAACGACGCAACCUACAAUAAGAUAAAGAAGCUGUGUACAGGAUUUCAAGCCAAGUUGUUUAACUGGUGUAAGACCCAAUCUGAGUUGGCUCCCAGGCUAAAAACGCUGGAAGAUGUCAUUAAGGACAAGAAGAGAGCGUUAGAGGCUUACAAGGAUUAUUUUAGGGGUGAAAUAGCAUGCCUCCUGGAAGUUAUAAGGCCGGGAGGAAACAGCGUGAUAGAGGAAUGGUUCCUAUUUUGCAAGAAGGAAAAAUAUUUGUACUAUAUUCUUAAUCACUUUGAAGGCAGUGAUAUUACACUGAGGGCAGAUUGCUGGUUUCCAGCAGAUGAGGAGGAGAAGAUAAGAGAACACCUUUUGGCUGAGAAGGCGUCAGGAUCUGUUAGCGCCCUUUUGCUUGUGGAUAUUCAGGCUCCUUUCGUAUCAGUUCAUCCAUCACACCCCGGCUCUCACGAGAAUCUGUCCCACAUCCCUCCAACAUAUAAUAAAACUAACAUGAUUUCAAAGUCAUUUCAGAAUGUGGUGGACACUUACGGUAUACCCAGAUAUAAAGAGGUUAACCCGGCUCCAUUCACAGUGAUGACGUUCCCGUUCCUGUUCGGCCUAAUGUUUGGUGAUAUUGCUCACGGUAUAUGCGUGAUUUUGUUUGCUCUCUUCCUCAUACUCUACUAUCGCAAGCUUAAGAGGAAGUUCACAGGGGAUAUUGCCAACAUGAUUCUGGAGGGAAGGUACAUGAUUUUACUGAUGGGGAUCAUGGCCACAUACACGGGUUUUAUAUACAAUGAUUUCCUGUCAAUUCCGAACUCGUUCUUUGGAACAGGCUGGAUUUCAAAUGGGACUCCUCCGGAAGGAGGUUCAGAGAGUGACGGGACUUACGUAGAAACGUUGGUGAGGUCAGCUAAAAAUUUCCCAGUUGUUUUCGGGCUCGACCCAGCCUGGAUAGGAGCAGUGAACGAGCAAUCAGUGCUACAUUCAUUUAAGAUGAAGUUUUCGGUGAUCUUCGGCUUCUUCCAGAUGACGCUGGGGAUUCUCCUUAAGGGCUUCAACGCGAUUUACUUCUCAAGUGCUAUCGACUUCUUUUUUGAGUUUAUGCCUCAGCUGGCAAUGAUGUGCUCGUUCGUGGGGUACAUGAAUUUUCUGAUCUUCCACAAGUGGCUAACUCCACUUGACAACGGAUAUGCAAAGCCCAGCAUCAUCACCACACUGAUUGAUAUGUGCCUGAUGAAGACUCUAGAGCAGCACGAGAUAAUGUACGAGGGCCAACAAACUGUUCAGAGGGUUUUGAUGUCCAUUCUCAUUGUUUCAGUCCCCUUGAUGCUAAUUCCGAAGCCUCUGAUCCUCUACUUCAGACUCAAGAAACAGGGAAGAACACGCGCCAAUAAUAACUCAACGCGAGACUACGAGAUGGUUUACUGCGGCCCUGAAGAGGAAGACCUCGAGGCUAUCGCAAGAGAGAGUGUUCCAAACUACCCACACAGAAGAAGUAGCCUUGAUCUCGGUCUCGACAAAUUCAAGAAAGUUGAUGCCAAGAACAAGGAUAACCAGUUCUCAGUAACAAUUCAGAAGGAUGAAAACGAAGCUUCACCUGCUGAGCAACCUCAUUCUCUUAAGCUUUCAGAGCUUUUCAUACACCAAUUUAUAGAAACCAUCGAGUUCACUCUAGGCACUAUCAGUAAUACCGCCUCCUAUUUGAGGCUUUGGGCUUUAUCACUCUCACACCAACAGUUAUCAUUGGUUCUGUUCAAGCAACUGAUUUUCAACUGCCUGGACAAUUCGACGAGCUUACUUGUAAUGAUUUUUGGCCUCUUCAUCAGGUCCAUAUUCUUCUCAAUCUUCACAUUUUUCAUUAUGCUUUGUAUGGACUCACUCGAGUGCUAUCUGCACGCACUACGUCUACAGUGGGUUGAGUUCCAGAACAAGUUCUUCAAGGCUGACGGGAGGUUCUUCAGACCCUUCAACAUUAAAUUACUACUAGACGAUCCGACGAUUAUGGAACCCAAAUAAUGUACUAUAAAUUUUUCGCAAUAUAUUAAGUUAUUUAGAUUUAGUUAGAUUGUGCU